AUGGCUAUUAACAUUCAUCCCAGAGAAGUGAGAAACUUAGGUUUCCAAGAUAUUGCUUUAAAACACAUAGUUAUAAAUUUUUACCAAGAUCUUGGUGAGUUAAAAUUGAAUAUUUAUUUGGAAGUUAUUAUCUUUGAACACUCUUUGAAGCAACAAUUUAAUGAUGAUGAUGAUGAUGAUGAUGAUAUCUUUUCCAAAUUUGGUUCAAUGGAGAGAGACCUUCAGUGGUCAACAAUUGCUUAUGCUAAUGGGUGGCAUGAAUUUCUCUCAAUGCUCGACACGUCUUCAGUAAUUGCUUCUGCCAAUGGGUGGCAUGACUUGCAGAAACUCAACAUAUCAUACCCAAAUCCUUUAUCACACUAG